CCAGUUUCUCUUGUAUGGAAUGAGCUCUUCCUUGGUCACUCGGUUUGAGUUAGAAUGUGUGUGUGAGAAAGGCAAGGAGAAAAAGGAGCUUAGAACUUGACUAGGCUUAAACUUCAGCGUUCAAGUUGGAAUUUAUUGUGGAUCCAUGGUUUUUCUCUGGGCAAUGUGCACAGACAGGACCAACUGAGAGGAUCUGCUGAAUAUAUGAGAUAUGGAGGUUUAUAGGUGCGCAGGGUGGAGAGAGAUCUUGGUUCUCCUAAACCUGCUGGUGUGUGUGGCUGGACUGUCCGGGCGCUGCAGUCUGUUUGGUCGCCAUCAUGUCCACACCUUUGAUGGAGUGGUCUAUGAGUUCCCUGGAGACUGUAGCUAUCUACUGGCGGGAGACUGUCGCCAUCGCGCCUUCACUCUGUUAGGUGAUUUUGUCCAAGGGAAGAGGACUGGUGUGACUCUGUUUCUGGGGGAGGUCUUUGAGCUACAUCUGUCUGUCGAUGGACGCCUCUCCCAGGGAGAGAAAAGCCUGGCCUUGCCCUACGCAUCUCACGCUGUCUUCGUGGGUACUGAGCUGGGCUUCUACAAGCUCUGGAGCGAUGAGUUUGGCUUCUCCGUUACCAUUGACAAUGCGGCCAACAUCGGGGUGACCGUGACCAAACACCAUGCCAACCACACCUGUGGUCUGUGUGGCAACUUCAACAGGGCACCUGACGAUGAUUACACGGCCCAGGAGGGCUUCCUGACAGAGGACAGUUAUGACUUUGCAAACUCCUGGGCUGUGAAAGGGGCAGGAGAACCAUGUCAUCGUGUCUCACCUCCAAGCCAAUCCUGUAACAGCACAGAAAAUACUCCAGAGGUGUUGUCCAGAUGCAGUGUGUUACGGACCUCCAGUGUUUUUCUGCACUGUGCCCACGUGGUUUCUCCCGAGGUCUUCCUGACUCUGUGCGAGGAGGAGGCGUGUCACUGUGGACAGGGGAAGGGGCCGGACUGUCACUGCGGAGUCCUAUUGGAGUACGCCCGGACGUGCCACGCCCACGGUGUACUGCUAAAUGGAUGGCUGGAGGAGAGCCAGUGUUUAGCCCCCAGGUGCCCCAUAGGGAUGCAGUACAGUGAGUGCAGCAAGUCCUGCUCUACAACCUGCCAGAGCCUCAACAUCCAGGAGGUCUGCAAGGAGGACUGUGUAGACGGGUGCUCAUGUCCUGUGGGCAAGGUUUUGGAUGGGGAACGCUGUGUGGAGGUGUCUCAGUGUUCCUGUGUGCACAUGGGACGCCACUUCCCUCCAGGUUCCAGCAUCUCUCAGGACUGCAACGUCUGUGUAUGUCGCCAUGGCUCCUGGGAAUGCACCAAUGAGGGCUGUCCUGGGGAGUGCCUGGUGAUGGGCCAGUCUCACUUCAAGACAUUUGAUAACAAGUUCUUCACCUUCACUGGCCAGUGCCAGUACCUGCUGGCCAGUGACUGUGCUGAAGGCCAGUUCUCUGUCAUCAUUGAUACUGUGCAGUGUGCAGACGAGCAGGAUUCUGUGUGCACGCGCUCAGUGACUCUCAGCCUGCCCUCCCUGGAGAACAUGACGGUGAAGCUGAAACAUGGAGGAGGGGUGUCUGUCAACGGCAUGGACAUCCAGACGCCUCUCAACCACGGUCACCUGCGCAUCCAGAGAUCGGUCCAGUCCGCAGUGCGCGUCAGGUUUGGAGAGAAUCUCCAUCUGGACUGGGACGGACGGGGCCGUGUGCUGUUGAAGCUGCAUCCCGUGUGGGCGGGGAAGACCUGUGGCCUCUGUGGCAAUUACAACGGUAACCAAGGUGACGACUUCUUGUCUGAGGCGGGGCUGGUGGAGGCGAGCCCACAGGCGUUUGGCCAAUCGUGGAGGACCAGCGGAGAUUGUGAUCCCCCACAUAGACCAGAGACUGACCCUUGUGCUCUGAACCCUAAAAGAGUGCGCUUUGCUGAGGAGUCGUGUUCCGUGCUGAUGUCUGAGGCGUUUGGGCCGUGUCACUUCCUGGUGAACCCGGGCCCCUUCCUGCGGUUCUGCCAGUAUGACGUGUGCGCGUGCUCCAGCAGCGAGGAGUGUCUGUGCUCCGCCCUCGCCUCCUACGCCGCCGCCUGCUCUGCCAGGGGAGUGCUGCUGCACUGGAGGACACCAUCACUGUGUGAUCUGGGCUGCUCUAACGGCCAGGUGUAUGAGGCCUGUGGGAGUGUGUGUGAGGGGUCUUGCCGGUCUCUCUCGGGGGCUGAGUCGGGCUGCGGGGGAGAGGCUGGGUGCGAGGAGGGCUGCUUCUGCCCCCCCGGACAGUACCUCAGCCACUCUGGAGAGUGUGUGACAGCUGACCAGUGUCCCUGCCUUCAUGACGGACAGAUGUACCAGCCCAACGACGUCUACGCUGACCACAACACUAUCUGCUACUGUGAGAACGGCUCCAUGCGCUGCAGCUCUAAUGAGAUGAGCGACGCCAUGUUGUCGGACCUCUUCUACGAUGACGACGAUCUCCCGCCCUCCAGAGAACGUCGGUCGGCCCCCUGCCCCCCCCAUCUGAAGCGUGUGGAGUGUAAGGGGGGGGAGGAGGGUCUGGAGUGUGCUCGUACCUGUCAGAACCUGGACCUCCCCUGCCUCAGUCUGGCCUGCAUCCCUGGCUGCCUCUGCCCCCCUGGCACGGUGAUCCAUCGUAGAGCAUGCAUCGCCCCGGAGCAGUGCCCCUGUUACCACAACAACAAAGCCUUUAGCUCAGGAGAGACCAUCUCGAUGGACUGUAACACCUGUGUGUGUGAGAACCGGAAGUGGCGCUGUACGGAGAAAGUGUGUGACGGGGUGUGUCGCACCGUGGGCGAGGGGCACUACAUCACUUUUGAUGGCCUAAAGUACUCCUACCCUGGACUGUGCCAGUAUGUCCUGGUCCAGGACAUGUGUCAUGGGGAGGAGGGCUCCUUCCGUGUGCUGGUCGAAAACGAGGCUUGUGGAAUAGUGGGUCAACGCUGCGCCAAAGCAGUCACAGUCUACUACCAGGGAGGACUGAUCACUAUGCAGCACGGGGAGGUGAGGAUGCGGAGAGCGGUGCUGCAGGGGUCAGAAGUCGAGAUUGUUCGCUCUGGCAUCUCAUACAUCCUGCUGCUGGGGAAACACAUCUCUAUCAUCUGGGACCGGGGCACACGUCUAGUGGUCCACCUGUCUGCCUCCUACAAGGACCGGGUGUGUGGUCUGUGUGGUAAUUUCGACGGCAAUGUCAACAACGAUCUCCUGGGCAGUAACAAUCAGCUGGAGGUUGCCUCCGCUCACUUUGGAAACUCCUGGAAGGUCAAGCCCAGCUGUGCAGACGCCACGCAGCCGGCCUCUCCCUGCAGUGACAAUAUAGUGAAGCUGAUGACAGUGGAGCAGUCGUGUCGCGUGCUGACAGGGCCUCUGUUCAGGGACUGUAACAGCCAGGUGGACCCUGAGCCCUUCAUGGAGAUGUGUGUGGAGGCCGCCUGCUCCUGCUCCUCCGUCGGAGACUGCGCCUGCUUCUGUGACGUCAUUGCGGCCUACGCUCAGGCCUGUUCCGAGAGGGGCGUGGCCAUCAGCUGGAGGUCCAAUGACCUUUGUCCUAUGAGCUGUGAGGCUCUGAAUGAGGCGGGACCUGGUGUGGGGGAGGAGCUAUGCCAGUGGAGGUAUAACACCUGCGGUUCUGCCUGUCCAAUCACCUGCCAGCACCCGGACCCCCUCCACUGCCCCUUCACCUGUGUGGAAGGUUGCCAUGCCAACUGUCCCCUAGGUCAGCUAUUGGAUGAGGUGACCAUGCGCUGUGUUGACCCCUCCCAGUGCCAGAUGUGUGUCCACGAGGGGCAGAGAAUCUCCCAUGGCAACAAGGUCAUCCUAAACCACAAUGACCCCCAGCACUGUCAGAUAUGCCACUGUGAGAACAACACCUUGAGCUGUGAGGGUUGCCCCCCCCUGGGCUCUCUCACCACGCCGGCCCCCGCCCCUGGCCUGACCACGCCCAGCGCCCUGCUCCUCUCCACUGUGAUGCCCGAGAACAACUGCGAUCGCGCCAUGGACCUGGCCUUCCUAUUGGACGGCUCCACGUCGCUGAGCGAGGAAGACUUUGAGGCGCUGAAGCUGUUCAUUCUGGGUGUGGUGGAUCGCUUCCGCAUGGGCUCCGCUCACACACGCGCCACUGUGCUGCUCUAUCACUCCGGGGUCAAGACCUAUGACAUGCAGGUCCAGAAGUGGCUGUUUAAGAAGACCGUGAGAGAGUUGCGUUACAGCGGGGGAGAUGCAGCCUUCCUGGAUGAGGCUAUUAAGUACCUGGCCAUCAACAUCUACGACAAGAACAAGCGCGAUAACGCCGGCCGGGUGGCCAUCAUUCUGACGGCCAGUAAGAACCCUCGCUCCCUCCGCUCCACCACCAAGCUGCUCCGCAAGAAGAGCAUCACCACCCUGACCCUGGCUCUGGGGCCUGAGGCGGACAUGGCCCAGGUGAGCGAGAUCACCAAGUCCAGCCCGGACAGCCGGGCCUACAUCCUGAGCAGCACAGCCGAGCUGCCCUCACGCCUCCUGGAGGUCUCCGACCACCUCUGCACCCUGGGGAUGGAGCCCGAGGGGGCCAAGCCUCCCCCGCCGAAGCCCACCGCCGCUAAGCCUAGCCUGGGCACCACCACCACCACGCAGCCCCCCCUCCUGGAGCCGGUCCCCACACAUCACUCCCCCAGCACCCUGACCCCUACCAGGCCUGUCGAGCUGGCCCCUGUGACCACCACCGCCACCCCCAUCUCUAAAGACGUGACCUUCAUCCUGGAGGGCUCCGACACGGUCGGUGAGACGGGGUUCAACCAGUCUCUACACUUCCUGGAGGAAGUGAUCUCGCAGCUGACCGAGAAGGAGGAGUCCAUUCGCAUCACGGUGAUCCAGUACUCAGUCACGGUCACCGUGGAGAUCAAGCGCUGGGAGGUGCGGAGGCAGAGACAAGCGUUGCUACGGCGACUGCGGGAGAUCCGUUGGCGGGGCGGGGCAGCGACUAACACGGGCGCCGCCGUUACCUCGGUCUACCAGGAAGUGGCUACAGAACAGCCCAGAUCCCCUUCCACCCCACCCCAGCUGGUGUUCCUGGUGACGGAGAACCCCCCCACCGACACUGUGACGCGCCCGCCAUCCACCCACACGCAGACACGCGUGUACCCCAUCGGGGUGGGGCCACGCCUGAGCGAAGUCGACCUGCUGCCCCUCAGCGCUCCGGAGCGCCCCCUGAUGGUGGACGACUACAGCCAACUGAGUACCCUGGUCCAGCGAGUCAUCAACAUCACACGCACCAAACACAAACCUCGCUCCCCCACCCUGCCUCCGCCCCUCCUCCCCACACCGGGGCCCCUUGCCACCCUGCCCCCCUCAGUGCCUUGCACGGCACCCAUGGACGUGCUGUUCCUGCUGAGGGGCGGGCCUCGGGGUGACGGACAGUUUGAGGACAUGAAGACGUUUGUGAAAGGCUUCGUUAAUAGUGCCAACAUCGGUCAGAAUGAAACCCAGGUGGGUGUGGUGCUGUACGGGGAGAGCAACAGUGUGGGGGUGUCUUGGAAGGAGGAGCAGAGCAGAACACAUCUACUGGACCUGGUCGACAAACUACCCAGGAAGACAACCACUGCCCCUGCACUGGGCGCUGGCUUGCGAUUCGCUGUUCAGACGGCCAUCUCCCCAGCCAGUGGAGGGCGAGUGGGCGUGGCCAAGGUGGUGGUCAUGUUGGUGAUUGACAAGUCGUCGGAUGACGUCAAGGAAGCCUCUAAUGAGGCACUGACUGCAGGGGUAUCCGUGUUUCCCAUUGGCAUCGGCCCCGACUAUGACAGGACCGAACUGAGCGUGCUUGGCGGUCAUGGCAUACACCAGAACACCAUCCAUCUGAACAGUAUGGAACAGCUACUGAUGCUGCUGAGCCUAGACCAUGGUUUUACAGAGCGACUCUGUAGAGCCGGUCCUCCAGGAGUGUGUGUGGAUGAUGAGGGAAAGGAGAGGAAGCCUGGCGAGUCGUGGCUGUUGGAGGACGGCUGCCACUCGGUGCGGUGCCACCCCAGCGGAGCGGUCACGGUCCAGAGCCACAAGGUGAACUGUGACAGGCUGGAGCCCCCAGUCUGCAGGAACAACGUGCCUCCGCUCAGAGUCCAGGAGACCUGCGGCUGCCACUGGGAGUGUCCCUGUAUGUGCAUGGGCGGUGCCAGCCAUCAUGUGGUCAGGUUUGAUGGUAUGGCCCUGAGGCUUGACGAGGAGGGUCUCUGCUCCUACACGCUGCUUGCCGUUGCCAGGGGCAACGGGACAGGGACAGGGUCAGAGGUCAAGCUGCACAGUGGGCCCUGUCAAGGAUCGGCCAAUCACGACCCGAUCUGCAUGAGGGCUAUGGAGGUGUCGCACGGAGCCAGCACACUGCUGCUGAAGGAUGACAUGACGGUAACCAUGGACAGCGAAGUGCUCCGCCUGCCGUGGAGGUCUGGGGGUCUGGAGGUGGUGAGCUAUGGAGGAGUGAUGCUGCACCUGACUUCAGACCGCGGCUACGUACUGACCUUCACACCGCAGAGCAACGAGUUCACUGUCACCCUCCACACCUCCGCCCUGGAACACCCCACCCUGGGGCUCUGUGGUUCCUGCAAGGAGGAAAGGUUCGACCGGCUGUCGCUCCGCAACGGCACCUCCACGACCGACCAAGCCGCGUUCGUCUCCGAUUGGACGGUGGCCGGGGCGGGCGGCGUGUGCGUGCCGAGGCAGAAGGCGGUGUGUGCGUCUGGGGCCACGCUGGGGUGUCAGGCCCUGCGUUCGGAGGUGCUCGCCGCUUGUCACCCUCUCGUCCCCAUCCAGCUGUUCCUGGCCCGGUGUGAGGAGCAGGUCUGUCAGGAGACGGAUGUGUGCGAGGUCAUCUCCACCUACACACAGCUCUGCCGACAGGCAGGCGUGUGUGUGGAAUGGAGGAGCCCUCAUCUCUGCCCCAUGCAGUGUCCCAGCUCUAUGGAGUACGAUGGGUGUCGGACAGGUUGCGUGGAGGACUGCAGCAGUAUCGGCUCCUCCCCCGGUGAUUGGGGCGCUCCCAGGACCAAUCAGUCCCUGUGUAUGGACACACCCACGGAGGGCUGCUUCUGCCAGGGAGGAACUGUGCUGCAUCAGGGGCGCUGUGUGUCGCCAGAGGCCUGCAGCCAGUGUGUGGACCGGCACGGACACACACACCCGUAUUUCCAUACCUGGACACCUGAUGAUAACCCAUGUCAGAUCUGUAUGUGUCUGGACCAACAACGCAUCAACUGUACUGCUAGGCCCUGCACUGAUGCCAAACCUCCAGAGUGUGGACCAUGUGAGGUUCUGAGAGAGAGGAGAGACUCCAAAUGCUGUCCUGAAUACGAGUGUGUGUGUGAUUCGAUCAACUGUGAGCUUCCUGACGUGCCUCGUUGUGAAGACGGCCAGUCGGUUGUGCUGCAGAACCCUGGAGAGUGUCAGCCCAUACACCAGUGUGUCUGCAAAAAGGACGAGUGUGCUCUGCGAGCUCCGCCCACCUGCCCGUCCCACCGCAAGCUGUCAGUCAAAAAGACGCAGUGCUGUGACGUGUUCGAGUGUGCGUGCGACUGCCGUAACUCCUCCCACUCCUGCCCACCGGGUUACGUCACUUCCUCGUCCACCAACGACUGUGGCUGCACAGAGACCACAUGUCAGCCUGAAAAGGUGUGUGUCAUAGGGGGCGUAGUGUAUCCGGUGGGUAGCCAAUGGGAGGAGUCGUGUGAGAGGUGUACCUGCACCCAGCAGCAGGACCCACACACACGCCUGCACAUCGCCCAGUGUACGCCACCUGUCUGUGACCAAAGCUGUCCCCAGGGCUCCUCGUACACCUCCUCAGAGGGGGAGUGCUGUGGAAAGUGCCGGAGGACCAGCUGUGUGGAGACAAAGGGAGAAAUGCCCGGAGACUCACUUAUGGCGGUGCUGACCAGACAGGUAGGGGAGGUGUGGUCCUCCCCAGGGGAGAGGUGUGUGCAGCAUCAGUGUGUGAAGAUGGGCGGUGAAGUGUUUGUGUCCAGCUCUAACGUCAGCUGUCCUCUGAUGGACACUCCAUCCUGCCCUCUGGGAUCUGAGCUCCGCUGUGACAACCAGGAGUGCUGCCCACGCUGCUACUGUGCUCCCUUGGACGCGUGUGUGCUGAACCACACUGUCAUAGGAGCAGGGGAGAGACUCAUGGUGGAUGUGUGUACUCAUUGUGAGUGCUCGGUGGACAAAGGAGCAGUUAAGAAAUACCGAUUGGCCUGCAGGAGGAUCAGCUGCCCCAUCUGCCCUGAGGGCUACGUUCUAGAGCAACAGCCCGACUCCUGCUGCGGUCGGUGUGUCCCCACCAUCUGCAUCAUCCAGCGCCCAGACGGCCAGGUGGUGUCUGUGGAGGUGAACAGCACUCGGGAGGAUGGCUGUAGUGUUUACUCCUGUGGAGUGAACCAGAAGGGAGACCUGGUUCUACAGACGAAAGUGACCACCUGCCCCCCCUUAAACCGCCAGCUCUGCCUGGAUGAAGGGGGGAAAGUCAGCCAGCUCGGCACCAGCUGCUGUGAGAUGUGUACAGAGCCAGAGUGUAGAAAGACUGUGGGGAUGUUGAACUUCAUCAAGGUGGAUGACUGCCAGUCCGAGCACCAGAUAGAACUGAACUAUUGCGAGGGUAAGUGUCGCAGUAAGUCCAUGUAUUCUUUGGAGAGGAAUGGAGUGGAACAGGAGUGUGUGUGCUGUUCUGCCAUGGAGACAGAGCCUGUGAGUGUUCCCCUGCGCUGUGCCAACGGAACCCAGAGCCAGCACACUGUGCUGUCUGUCACUCGCUGUGACUGUCACUCUCAACACUGCACCUAGACAAAUAUCAUGUAGACAUGAAAGAAUUUCAAGUGUUUAUACAGUAUGCGUGUACUCUAUCUUGUGUGUGUAUAUUGUAUGUCUGCACUGUGUAUCUGUGUGUGUAAGUAGCAUUUGUAUAACCAAAUAAAUAUUCUUGCAUAAAAACAAUAAACAUGACAUAGAUUCUCAAGCA